CCCGCCUCUGGGAGGGGCGAGGGGCGGAGCCGGGAGGCGGCAGGGAGCGUCUUCCGGGAGCGUGGUUGAGGGAGGAGCGGCCGCGGCGCGAUAGUGAGGGAGCGGUGCAGGGUCCUGGUUGCUACUGAGUCUGUUUGCCAGCCAGACCCAUCCUGGGAGGGAGUCAGUGCCACCAGGUUGCUGGUAAUGUUGAAAGACUGAGUUGGUGUGAGACUGUGUUAAAGUGAGUGUGUAAGAGAAGAAGGCAUUUUAGGAUUGCUACAGUGAGUGUGGGGUAAGACCCAGAGCCUCACCAUGUCAGGGAAACGGAAGCGUGUGGUAUUAACUAUUAAAGAUAAACUUGACAUAAUAAAGAAACUUGAGGAUGGAGAUUCUUCGAAACAACUGGCAGUGAUUUAUGGAAUUGGUGAAACAACAGUUCGGGAUAUAAGGAAAAAUAAGGAAAAGAUUAUAACUUAUGCGAGCAGUUCUGAUUCCACAAGUCUUCUGGCCAAGAGGAAAUCUAUGAAGCCAUCCAUGUAUGAGGAACUGGACAGAGCUAUGUUGGAAUGGUUCAACCAGCAAAGAGCAAAAGGGAAUCCCAUAUCUGGACCAAUUUGUGCAAAAAGAGCAGAGUUCUUCUUUUAUGCUUUGGGUAUGGAUGGUGAUUUUAAUCCCUCUGCUGGUUGGUUAACUCGUUUUAAGCAGCGGCAUAGCAUUAGUGAAGUUAACAUUAGAAAUGAAAGAUUAAAUGGAGAUGAGACUGCUGUGGAAUAUUUUUGUAACAAAUUUCGAGAUUUUAUUGAACGAGAGAAUUUGCAGCCUGAACAAAUCUACAAUGCAGAUGAAACUGGACUCUUUUGGAAGUGUCUGCCUUCCAGGACUUCAGUAAUCAAAGGUAAAUGCACUGUCCCUGGGCACAAAUCAAUUGAAGAAAGAAUCACUAUCAUGUGUUGUGCCAAUGCAACAGGUUUACAUAAACUUAAACUUUGUGUUGUGGGGAAAGCAAAGAAACCUCGCUCCUUCAAGUCAACUGACACCUUAAACCUGCCUGUCUCUUAUUUCAGCCAAAAGGGUGCAUGGAUGGAUCUUUCCAUUUUCCGACAAUGGUUUAACAAGAUUUUUGUGCCACAAGUUCGGGAGUACUUAAGAUCCAAAGGCUUGCAGGAAAAGGCUGUGCUCUUGUUGGAUAAUUCGCCAACACAUCCAAAUGAAAACGUCCUGAGGUCAGAUGAUGGCCAAAUAUUUGCUAAAUAUUUACCACCUAAUGUGGCUUCAUUGAUUCAGCCCUCAGAUCAGGGAGUCAUAGCAAUGAUGAAGAGAAACUAUCGUGCAGGUCUUCUCCAGAACAACUUGGAAGAAGGUAAUGACUUGAAAUCAUUCUGGAAGAAACUAACUCUACUGGAUGCACUUUAUGAAAUAGCAAUGGCAUGGAACUUAGUAAAACCGGUUACCAUUAGCAGAGCAUGGAAGAAGAUUCUCCCUAUGAUAGAGGAGAAAGAAGGCUUGGACUUUGAUGAAGAAGAUAUUUCUGUGGCUACUGUGGCCACCAUUUUACGGCACACCAAAGGAUUGGAAAAUGUUACUAUUGAGAACAUUGAAAAAUGGCUUGAAGUAGACAGUACUGAACCAGGUUAUGAAAUACUAACUGACAGUGAAAUCAUCAGAAGAGCACAAGGCCAGACAGAUGAAUCCAGUGAAAAUGAAGAAGAGGAAAUAGAACUGAUUCCAGAGAAACAUAUUAAUCAUGCAGCUGCUCUCCAGUGGACUGAAAAUUUAUUGGAUUACCUAGAACAACAAGGUGAUAUGAUUCUACCUGAUAGACUGGUAAUACGUAAACUUCGAGCCACCAUCAGAAAUAAACAGAAGAUGACAAACUCAAGUCAAUAAUCAGAUUUUAAAUUUAUUAUUGUUCUGGUGAUUGUGUUUGUGACAUUUAACCUCUUUGCAAUGUGGCUUAAUUUUUUUUAUGUCAUGAGUUCUCACAUCCUGUGAAAUACAGAUACAAAAAUUAACCUAAAGUGGUUUGAGGAUUAUGUGUUUUCAUCAUCUGUGUCUGCUGUCCCUUUGUGCAGAUAAUCAGAAGCUGACUCUGUAUAGAUAUAAAUUAUGUGUACACAUGUAUUCAAUUUUGUAAAUCUGCAAUUAUCCAUUCUACAACAGUGGCAUUUCCUGAAUUUUCUAGCUAAAGUUAGAAUUAACAGUGAACAGUUUGAGCACUUUCCCAAAAUCUUUCACUUGAUUUAUGAGGGCUGCCAUAAUAAUCUUUUCCUGUGCUAACCAUCUUAAAUGGUUGUUUUUGUAUAUUUGUGUAGGAUGACAGGAUAAGAAAGAUCUAUAUUGUUAGAUUUCAGAAUGAUCUAAAUUCAAAAAUGAAAUCCAGUAAUGAUGGGGGAAUAAUCUAUGAAUUAUGAAAAUAAUUUAGAAACAUACUUCUCAUACAUUUGUGUGGGUUGCAAGAGGAGGAAAUUAUUCUGGAAAUGAAAUAAAUAUAGGAAGUGCUUGUUGAAUGAGAGAAACUAUUGGAAAAGUGAUAUAUAUAUAUAUGUAUCGCUCUGAUCAAUUCAUUUUUAGGAAACUGAGAAUUAAAAAUUUGGGGAACUUUAGGGGAACAAAGGAAAUAGGCUUGUUUUAAUUUGCUUUUUAUUAUGAAUUGAGUAAUAGUAUAGGUUUAUUAUUUAUUCAUCUAAUUAUAGUACAGGUUUUGUAAUAUUACAUGUAAUAUGAGCUCCUACCUUAUAUUUGCAAGAACAUCUUGAGAAUUUGAAGUUUGAUAAGUCAUUUUUUUUAGUUUUUUUUGUUUUUUACUGCAUUUUUGGAAAUGUUAUCUAUAAUUUCAAAAAUUUUGUCAUACCUAGCCCUUUUAUUUGAUAAGAAAAUAAGAAAUGAGAAGAAUAGAGAUUUUAUUUUAAAUAUCGUAUGUUUGUAUCCUGUUUAAUGAAGAAAGCAGAAAUAAUUAUGGAAAGUACCAGAUACUAAGAAAUUUCAUUGUUUAUUAUUUUCACACUUUGGGAUUAUUUAAUCUAAAAUUUAAUGUAAAUCAGAAUUUUGAUAAAUUUUCUUAAAAUUUAUUCAACAUUGAAAGAACUGCACAUAUUAAUAUUAAUUUAAUUUAUAAUUUAAAAGCAAAGCGUUUCCAUAAUAUUUCAUAUUUUGGCCCCAAGUUAAAAAAAAUUAGAAUUGUUCUCCAU